AUGGUACCAGUUGCCAUUGCAGUACGCUUUGCUGAUGCUCCUGCUGUUGCUCAGUUUGUCUGCGCUUGUCUCGCCAUCAUUCCUCUCGCCGCUCUGUUAGGCUUUGCCACAGAGGAGCUGGCCAAACGGUUUGGUAACGCGCUCUCCGCCUUGUUGAACAUCAGCUUCGGCAACGCAGCAGAACUCAUCAUUUUCAUCAUCGGUGUCGUGCGCGGAGAGCUUGGAGUUGUCCAGGCGGCGAUUAUUGGGAGCGUUCUUUCCAAUCUGCUCCUCAUUCUCGGCAUGGCCUUCUUCCUGGGUGGCCUACGCUUCACGGAGCAGUACUACAACAACACUGUGACUCAAACCACAGGAACUCUCCUUCUGCUGGCAGUCGUAAGCUUAGCCAUCCCAGCGGGUUUCCACGCCAGUUUUCGGGACAGUCAACUGGCAGACGACCGCGUUCUCCAGCUCAGCUAUAGUACUUCUAUUAUUCUGCUCUUGGUUUAUGGAGCCUACUUGUUCUUUCAGCUGAAGACGCACGCCAGCCUCUACCGCGAUGUUGCCACUGGACCAGAGCAGACACCUCGCAUACCGCUUGUCGCCUCCAUCAUCUUGCUAGCUGUUUCGACAGCUUUGAUUGCAUUGAUCGCAGAGUUUAUGGUUGCCUCGAUCAAUGGAUUAGUCGCGACAACGCCCAUUUCCGAACAGUUUGUUGGUCUUAUCCUCAUUCCUGUUGUGGGUAACAGCGCUGAGCACUUCACAUCGGUCAUGCUGGCGCUCAAGGGCCGCAUCGACAUCAGUCUCGGCAUUGCUCUUGGUUAUCUCCAAAUUGUCCUGCUCGUUGGCCCACUUGCAGUCAUCGUAGGUUGGAUCAUUGGUCAACCGCUGACGCUUUUUUUCUCGUUGUUUGAAACCCUGUCACUGCUUCUGUCGGUUAUGAUCGUGACUUACAUGGUCAUCGACGGUCGCUCCAAUUGGCUGGAAGGUGUUCUGUUGAUGGCAGCCUAUGUCCUAUUCGCUAUCGCAGCUGCAUUGUAUCCAUCUGCAAGCGGUGAGGCUUAG